AUGACUAUAACAUCAUCGACUACUACUACCAGCAGAACAAAAAAUAAUUCAGAUACUGACACUGAAAAACCAGUAACAUGUAACCGAAAAACACGAACGUAUACUCGUACUCAACGAAUAAAGGUCACUACACUAGGAAAAACUAUUAAUUCAUCAUCGAGAAAAAAUUCAACACAAGAGAAACGAUAUGGCAACUGUUCAAAAUGUAAAGAAAAUGAAAGUAAUGUGGAACUGUUGAGUGAACAUGUUGAAAGAAUUGAACGAUUAGUAGAUGAUUUCGCCAAGACGGCCAAGAUUAUGUUUCCUCAAAAAUCUUCAAAAGUCGUUGGUAAAUCCGGUAACGAACAAGUUUGUAAAACCGUACCAAUUCCAGUUCUUAAAGCUGAUUUUCAUGCAGAACCUAUGGAAGACAUUUCUUAUAUUCCAAAUGAUAAAUCUCCAAUGUCUAAACUAAAUGCAUUUCGUCAAGAUUCUGGAUUUUCAGAAUCUAAAGCUGGUAUUGAUCACUGUUAA